CGCUGUGUUCGCACGCUCUGCACCUUGCUCCUGCCCUCGCCUUUCACUCUUCUUAUCCCCCCGAUACCCCCAUCAUUCCUGACAGCUCCUGAGUUCCUGGAUUUCAUCAUCCACCCCUGCAGGAUGCUCCCCUUUGUUCUGAGGAAGGCUGUCCCAGACAGAGAGGAGGAGAUGGAGGUAGAUAUAAAGAUUGAUAUGGAGGAGGAGAUGGAGGUGGAUACAAAGAUUGAUAUGGAGGAGGAGAUGGAAAUAGACGGAGAAAACCCUGGAGAGGAAGAGAUGGAGGUGGAUGUGACUGAGGAAGAAGAGAUGGACGUGGAUAUGGAAGAGUCCACUGAGGACAUGGAUAUUGAUUAAAAAGGUGAGGAAGAGGCCAUGAUCUUGGCAUGAAGAGCAAUGCCAGCAGCAGGACAGGCAGAGUGGGUCUCCUGCUGCCA